AUGUCGAACUUUACCGCCACAGCGUCACCCUUGGACCCUGUCCCAACAACCUUUGGCACUAUACAUAUAGCUACGGCAGUGAUAUCUACAUUGCUCGUAUUUUUGUACACUCUCUAUCAAUACCUUCUCCCCAAGCCGAUCCCCGGAAUCCCAUACAACAAAGAGGCUACAAAGUCUCUGCUGGGGGACAUCCCCAGGCUCCAGAAACAAGCGCCCGAUAACCCUUUUGGGUGGAUGAUUGCUGAGGCGCGUCGGCAUGACAGCCCCUUGUCUCAAUUCUUCAUCGAGCCGUUUCAAAAGCCGGCCGUCCUAAUCACCGACUUCCGCGAGGGACAGGACAUUCUGAUGCGUCGGAAAGAGUUUGAACGCUCCGACUUCACCAUCAACCUCUUGAGUGGCGAGGCCCCCAACUUCCACAUCAACAUCAAGACGGGCCCGGAAUGGAAAGCCCAUCGGCGCCUGCUCCAAGACCUGAUGUCCCCUGGUUUUCUCCACAAUGUCGCGGCUCCGAAUAUCUACAAGAGCGCUGCGAAUCUUUUGGACGUCUGGAAGAUGAAGGCAAAGGCUGCGGCCGGAAAGCCCUUUGGCGCCGAGCGAGACAUCUUUUACACGGCCCUCGACGCCGUCUUUGACUUUGGGUUCGGUUCCAGCGUUGAACACCGCGCUCUUAUACCGCAGAUUGAGAUGUUGCAAGCCGACAAUGAGAAGAAACCCCCCGUCGAUGAAUCGAAUCCAACGGCCGUUGAGUUUCCUGGCGCGCCGAUCCAUCCGACUUUGGAGACAGCAAUCCAAACCGCUGACAACAUCAUGGGAGUUGCUGCAACUGGUUUCUUGAAGAUUGCGUGGUGGUUCAUUGGCAUCAAGCCCAGUGUCAGGAGUAUGAGGGCACUGCGAACAGGAUUCCUCAAGGACCAAGUCCACAAGGCUGUCGAGAGACAUAGAGGCGAGGGCCAAGAUGGCAGCGACAGCUACGUGAAGUCUGCAGUGGAUCUCAUCAUCCAAAGAGAAACCACUUUUGCCAAAAAGGAAAACCGCGAGCCGGUGUACUGGUCAGAUGCCAUGAGAGACGAGUUGCUUGGCUUCAUCGUCGCUGGACAUGAUACCACAAGCACGACGCUCUGCUGGGGGGUCAAGUUUCUCAGUGACAAUCCUGCUUGUCAGCAACGACUUCGCGAAGCCCUUCUUGCUACGCACGCGGACGCCGUUGCAGAUGACCGUCUGCCAUCGCACGAGGAGAUCACGGGAGCCAACAUUCCCUACCUGGAGGCCGUUGUCGAAGAGAUGCUCCGGCUCGCGCAUACCACCCUCAAUCAGGAUAGGCAGUGCAAGGAAGAUACCAUCGUCUUGGGGCACCGCAUCCCCAAAGGCACCACCGUCUUCAUUCCCAACAAGGGCCCCAGCUUCACCGAGUCAGGUUUCGACAUUGACGAGAAGCUGCGCAGCCCAUCGUCGCGGACGGCAGCAGUCGAGCGUGGCGUGCGAGAGUGGAGCAACGAGGGCAUGGGUGACUUUUACCCCGAGCGCUGGCUCUCGAAGAAUGACGACGGUGAGGAGGUCUAUGAUGCAUUGGCCGGGCCUACCAUGCCGUUUGGCCUCGGUCUCCGAGGCUGCUUCGGUCGCAAGUUGGCGUACAUGGAACUCAGGCUGAUCGUAACUCUGUUGGUGUGGACGUUCGAUUUCCGGUCUUGUGGUGAGGAGUUGUCCAACUACGAAGACAUUGAAACGUUGACGCGGAAGCCAAAGCAGUGCUUCGUGAACUUGGAGGUAGUGUAA